AUGCUAUACAAAAUAAAGAAUUCGCAUAAUACAAUAAUAACUUAGGAAAUAAAAAAAUUAACAAGUAUAGAAUAUAAUAAAACAUUCUAAACUAUAUUCAAAAAUUAAAACAUUAUAAAAAAAUAAACAAUAAAUCCAGAAGACAUACAGAGAAAUUUAGAUUGUUUAGAAUAAUAAAGAACACAAAAAUAAAUAGCUUAAUAAAAAAAUAAAAGAAAUAGUGAAAAUGAUGAUUUUUAUACUGAUUAAGAAGACGUAGAGGAAGAAGAAACUUAUUUUUGUGAUCAAAAAUAAUAUUAAGAGUUUUUAAGUACGACUUUAUAAUAAGAAUAAUUCAAAAUUAAACCUAUAAAAAUUAAAUAAUAGGAAAUUAAAAUAAAAUAAUAAGAAAUAAAAAUGAAACAAUAAGAAAUUCAAAUAUAAUAAGCCUUAAAAAUUAUAGGAUAGAAAAAUCAUAAUACAAUUUAGAAUAAAAAAUAAUUAAAAUUUGAUCCUGAAAUUUAAAAUAUAUUAAACAAAUUAUAAAUUUUAGAUUUUAAAGAUAAAAAAUAAGCUACCACAAUAAGUAAGCAUUAGUUAAAUGUUUCCAUUUAAAAAUUUAUUGAUUGUAUAGGAUGUAAAGAAACCUUACAAAAAUAUAUUGAAGAUAUUUUCUAAGUAAAUGGAGUUAAAUAGCUUUUCAAUCAAGAAAUUUUGAUUAGUUAAAAAUAAAACUUAAUAAAUUUAAAUGAUAAAAUAUUAGAAAAUAAUUAUAAUAUAGCUUUUUUAUUAGAAUAGCAUUUAAAUAGUAGUAUUACAUAAGAUAAUUUGAAUAAAAAAUAAAAUUUAUAGAAAAAUUAUAGAUGCUUAUUACAUUCAAAAAAGCCUAUUCCUUGCUCAUUAUGGAAAGAUAACUAAGAAAUGAUAAUUGAAUAAAAUAUAGAAGAAAUUUAAGAAUUAAUACUUAUAGAUGAGUCAUAAUUUUUAUUAAAUUUAUAAUAAUAUUUGAAAAAAAGAAAAUUUUGUUCAGCAUGUAAAGAACAUAUAAUGCUAGAAUAUUAAAAGUUAAAAGAUGAUAUUAGAUAAAAUUAGAAUUAAUAUCCUUAAAUUUUUAAUUAAGAAAGUAGGAUAUGUUUAAAUAGAGAAAAUCAUGUUAAUCUACACCAUUAUAUACAUAAUAAUUAUUUAGAAUAAACUGAAGAAUUUUAAAUAAAUAAUUAAAAUAAUGAAUAAAAUGAAGGAGAAAACGAAGAAGAAAACGAGGAAGAUUAUGAAGAAGAAGAUGAAGAAGAGGAAGAAGUAAAAGAAAAAAAGUGUAUAUAUACGUUUACUUGA